GGCGCCCGCUGUUGCGUUGUUAAGCGGGGGGACAUUUUAACUUUGGUUUUAACUUUAAUUUUAACUUCACCGCUUUACUAUUCUUCAUUAUUCUAAGGUUCGGUUGACUCGGGACCUGGAGCGGCCAUGACUGUGGAGCAGAAUGUGCUGCAGCAGCACUCUCAGAAGCACCAACAGACGUUACUGAAUCAGCUUAGGGAAGUAACCGGAACUACAGAUGUUCAACUCCUACAGCAGGCCCUACAGGUCAGCAACGGUGACCUAGCCGAGGCAGUAGCGUUUCUUACAGAGAAGAAUUCGAAGGUCCCACAGCAGGAUGAAGCUACCUACUACCAAACAGCCCAGACUGGAAACGACAGAUACAUCAGCGUGGGCAGCCAGGCAGACUCUAAUGUGAUCGAUCUAACCGGGGAUGAUAAAGAUGACCUUCAGAGAGCUAUCGCUCUCAGUCUGGAGGAAUCCAACCGGGCCUUCAGGGAGACCGGCAUUACGGACGAGGAGCAGGCAAUCAGCAGGGUGUUGGAGGCCAGCAUAGCUGAGAACAAGGCAAGCUUGAAACGCACUCACACUGAAGUAUGGAGUGACUCACCCAACCCUCAUGACAGGAAGAGGCAGGGCAACUGCCCUGUGGGUCUGAAGAAUGUGGGCAACACCUGCUGGUUCAGUGCCGUCAUACAGUCCUUGUUCAACUUGCUGGAGUUUCAGAGAUUGGUGUUGAACUACUCACCCCCUGCCAGAGUGCAUGAUUUACCCCGAAAUCAAAAGGAGCACAGGAACCUGCCUUUUAUGCAGGAGCUGCGAAAUCUCUUUUCUUUAAUGGUGGGCUCUCGGAGGAAGUAUGUUGACCCAUCCAGGGCUGUGGAGAUCCUCAAGGAUGCCUUUAAAUCCAGCGAGUCCCAGCAGCAGGAUGUUAGCGAGUUCACUCAUAAACUGCUUGACUGGCUGGAAGACGCCUUUCAAAUGAAAGCAGAGGAGGACAGAGAGGGAGAGAAGCCAAAGAACCCGAUGGUAGAGCUGUUUUACGGGCGCUUUUUGGCUGUAGGUGUUCUUGAAGGAAAGAAAUUUGAGAACACUGAGAUGUUUGGGCAGUACCCGCUGCAGGUGAAUGGCUUUAAAGACCUCCAUGAAUGUUUGGAGGCCGCUAUGGUGGAAGGCGAGAUCGAGUCCUUGCAUUCUGCAGAAAAUAGUGCCAAGUCUGGACAGGAGCACUGGUUCACCGAACUCCCUCCAGUUUUGACCUUUGAGCUGUCACGGUUUGAGUUCAACCAAGCCUUAGGCCGACCUGAGAAGAUCCACAAUAAGCUGGAGUUUCCACCUAUGCUUUACAUGGACAGGUACAUGGACAGAAAUCGGGACAUCACACGGAUCAAGCGAGAGGAGAUCAGGAGACUGAAGGAGCACCUGACUGUUCUCCAACAGAGACUGGAGAGGUAUCUGAGCUAUGGUUCAGGCCCCAAGAGGUUUCCUCUAGCGGAUGUGCUCCAGUAUGCCAUGGAGUUUGCUUCCAGCAAGCCUGUGUGCACUUCACCCAUAGAAGAUGUUGAUACAUCAGCGCCACCUGGUGGCACAACUACCCUGCUGCCUCCUGCACAAAGUACGGCAGAGCAGGGUCCCUUGGCCCCUCCUGAGGGCUCUGCAUCGGUUCCACAGCAACCCCAACAGCAGCAGCAGCAGCAGCAACAGCAGCAGCAGCAACAGCCGCCGCAACAGCGUGUACUCAUUCACAAGCCCUUCACCCAAUCACGGGUGCCUCCUGACCUGCCCAUGCACCCUGCCCCUCGCCACAUAACGGAGGAGGAGCUGCACGUGCUCGAAAACUGUCUACACCGCUGGAGGAACGAGGUGGAGAAUGACACAAGAGAUCUUCAGGGCAGUAUAUCUAGAAUUCACAGAACCAUUGAGCUAAUGUACUCUGACAAGGCCAUGAUGCAGGUGCCGUACCGACUUCAUGCUGUUCUGGUGCAUGAAGGUCAGGCCAACGCAGGUCACUAUUGGGCGUACAUCAAUGAUGCACAGCACCGCUGUUGGAUGAAGUACAAUGACAUCUCUGUGACCAAGUCGUCCUGGGAGGAGCUGAUGAGGGACUCGUUUGGCGGCUACCGAAACGCCAGCGCUUACUGCCUCAUGUACAUCGAUGACAAGAAGCCUUUUCUUAUCCAAGAAGAGUUUGAUAAGGAGACGGGCCAGGUGCUGAGUGGGUUGGAUAAACUGCCUUCGGAUCUGAAGGAGUACGUGAAGCAAGACAACCAGCUGUUUGAGCGUGAGCUGGAGGAGUGGGAUGCCAUGCAGGCCAGGAAAGCUCAGCAGGAGAAGCUGGCCAUGGCUGCAGCCGCCGCCGCUGCUUCUCCUCGGCCUAUGAGUGCAGAGCCCAGUCCUGCUGAAAACACAGUUUGUCAGCAAGACCCUGAAUACAUGGAACAGCCAUCACCCACUGACGACUCCAAACACCUGCAGGAGGACACUGAGAGAGCCAUCUCCAAAGCAGCAGCUGAACAGGAAGGGAAGAGUCCUGAAGCUCUGCUCAGUGCUGAGGACUCCCUUGUGCCUCCUUCCCAAACUCCUCCUCCUGAUUCAGUGCAGGAUGGCACCGCCUCUGCCACAGCCCAACCCCAUCGUGUGGUAGAGGUGGCCAUCCCUCAUGUAGGAACCUUCGUCAUUCAGUCAAAAGAGGGGGGGUACGAUGACCAGACAAUGAUGACUCCAAACAUGCAAGGUAUUAUAAUGGCCAUUGGCAAAACCAGGAGUGUGUAUGACAAGUGUGGGCCUGAAGCCGCCUUCUUCAAGGCACUUAAAGUCGAGUACACACGCUUGUUAAGGUUAGCACAGGAGGACACGCCCCCUCAGAAUGACCAUCGGCUGCAGCACGUCCUUGUCUACUUCAUCCAGAACCAGGCUCCCAAUAAGAUCCUGGAAAGAACCCUGCUCAUGCAGUUUGCUGACAGAAACCUUGGCUUCGAUGAGAGAUGUAAGAGCAUCAUGAAAGUGGCACGAGCAAAACUUGAGCUUAUCAAGCCUGAUGAAGUCAACUUGGAAGAGUAUGAGAUAUGGCAUCAAGACUACAGGAAUUUCCGGGAGACUACAAUCUUUCUGAUGAUUGGCCUUGAGCUGUUUCAGAAGAAAAGCUACGUGGAGGCGUUGAUGUACCUGAUCUUCUCAUAUCACUACAACAAAGAGCUUCUGUCCAAAGGGCCAUACAGAGGGCAUGACGAAGAGCUCAUAGCCCAUUACCGCAGAGAGUGCCUGCUGAAGCUGAACGAGCAUGCGGCUGCACUGUUUGAGACUGGCGAGGAGCCGGAAGUGAACAGUGGCCUAAGCAUCAUGAACGAGCUGGUGGUGCUAUGCAUACCGCUUCUGCUUUUAGAUGAGACAGAGGAGAAAGACAUGGUUGCCGUGGAAGACAUGAGGAACCGCUGGUGCUCCUAUCUUGGCCAGGAAAUGGAGCCCAGUCUCCAGGAGAAGCUGACAGACUUCCUCCCCAAGCUACUCGACUGCUCGACGGAGAUCAGGAGCUUCUCAGAUCCGCCAAAGCUGCCACAAUACUCCACGCUGGAGCUGUGCGAGCGCUUCGGCCGAGUCAUGGCCUCGCUGAUGGUCAAACGGACGCCAGCCGACGGCAGAUGAGUCGCUCACGGACUGUUCUCAACCCGACGCCUUUCUCCAAAGCAGGGCUGCUUCGGCUGUUACCCAUCUUAGUUAUUUUAUUGCUGCUAUCGUUUUUUAUUAUUCUUAUCAUUAUCAGUUGGAGAUUUCACUCACGAUUUAAAGCUAAUGUGGCUCAGGGGGCUUGCAGAGAAGAACGAGAAUGAGCAUUAACAAUGCAGAAUUAAAACAUUCACAAUAAGAGCUUAGAAUAUGCAGUAUGCUGCUCCAACGUUGUCAAGUGAGGUUGAGGAUUUUCUUUGUUUUAUUAUUGGUUUGUUUUUAUGUUUUUUGUUUUUUUUUCGUCCAUCAAUCGCUUUUUUCACAGGCGGCCCUUUUUGAAGUGAAAAGCAAAGACCUGCUGUUCUGCCAUCCCCUUUAUUACAGCAUUAUUGCAUUUUGUUUGAUUUUUUCUAAAGGACGGGACUGAACGCAAUGACCAGGAGAUACACAGAUGGCUUGAGAUGUAUAGAGAUGUGAUGUAAAGGUCUCUUGACCUGAGGACUGCAGCUCUCAAAGCUUUGAAGUGCUAUUGCAGGCAGCCACGGACCCCCCGCGGCUUGUUAAUACAUUGAGAGAAUAAAGUUUUAUUUAUGGCGCUUUUAGGCCAGAAACCUGUUUUGCUCAAUUAAAGCUUAUUUUGAUUUAA